GGCGCCGCUGGCUGGCGCCGCUGGCGCUGCUGCUGGUUGCGGAGCAUGGGAUUAUGGGAAGUGUGGUGGUGACAAACGAGUGUGUCCGUCUUUGAAACUCGGUGUUUUUGGGAAUGAAUGAAUUACUAGGCACAGCCAGGUGGAGGCAACAGCCUUGAGCCGGACCGCCGACUCAUCGACCCCCGUCAAGUUGAAGAACGGAGAGCAAAACCGAAUCGCCCCGGAUUAUACGCCGCAUACACAAGCUCCCGGACUAUGAAAAUGGUGUUGUCUCAAAGGCAGAGGGAAGAGCUCAACAAGGCGAUUGCCGAUUACAUGGCAUCGAAUGGGUUCAUGGAAGCUCUUGAAGCAUUCAAGAAGGAGACUGAUAUGCCUGGGGACAUAGACAAGAAGUACGCUGGCAUUCUUGAGAAGAAAUGGACAUCAGUAAUCAGGUUGCAAAAGAAGGUGAUGGACCUGGAGAGUCGGCUUGCAGAGGCCGAGAAGGAGUACAUUUCGGGCGCCCCCACCCGCGAGAAGCGGUCCCCCACAGAGUGGAUUCCCCGGCCCCCCGAGCGGCAUGCGCUCACGGGCCACCGGUCACCAGUCACCCGGGUGGCCUUCCACCCAGUGUACAGCGUUGUCGUCUCUGCCUCCGAAGACGCUUCCAUCAAGGUUUGGGACUACGAGACGGGCGACUUCGAACGAACGCUAAAGGGUCACACGGACUCCGUGCAAGACAUAGGGUUCGACCACACCGGAAAGUUUCUAGUGUCCUGUUCUGCCGACAUGACCAUCAAAUUGUGGGAUUUCCAGACGUAUGAAUGUAUUCGCACCAUGAGCGGACACGACCACAACGUGUCGUCAGUGUCGUUCCUGCCGAGUGGUGACCAUGUGGUGUCCUGCUCGAGAGACAAGACCAUCAAGAUGUGGGAGUUAUCCACCGGGUAUUGUGUAAAGACGUUCACGGGCCAUCGAGAGUGGGUGCGCAUGGUUCGAGUCAACUCCGAUGGCUCCCUCCUGGCCAGCUGUUCCAAUGACCAGACGGUUCGUGUGUGGGUGGUGGGCACCAAGGAGUGCAAACUGGAGCUUCGGGAGCACGACCACGUGGUGGAGUGCAUUGCGUGGGCACCCGAGAGCGCCCACCCACACCUGAGCGGCAACGGCAGCGGUGACAGCAACCGGCGGCCGGCUGGCAGUGGUACGGGCAGGGCCCAGGGCACGGGACCCUUCCUGGCCUCGGGCUCACGGGACAAGACCAUCAAACUGUGGGACGUCAGCACGGGCCUGGCCGUCUUCACCCUGGUGGGCCACGACAACUGGGUGCGUGGUGUCAAGUUCCACCCCGGCGGCAAGUACCUGCUGAGCUGCUCGGAUGACAAGACGUUGCGCGUCUGGGAGCUGGCGCACCAGCGUUGCUGCAAGACCCUCGAGGCACACUCGCACUUCUGCACCUCGCUCGAUUUCCACCGCACGGCGCCGUACGUGGUGACUGGCAGCGUCGAACAGACGGUCAAGGUGUGGGAAUGCCGCUAAUGCCACACAACGCCGCGAGCGUUGCGCGGUACACUGCUCGCCGAGGAGCCACGUCCGACCGCAGCAGCAGUCCCUCCUGCAGACAAGCCUCGGCAGUGACUCAGCUCAUUCCUCCCGAGUCUCUUCAGCUGCCCCACUGCACCCAACAUUUUUUUUUUCUCCCCAUGUUGGUAACAGCCUUGCUGCCACCACCGCCACAACACCCCCUCUUCUACCCUUCCUGCUCUGGCUUGUUGCACGCCAGCUGUCGACAACUACCACUCGAGAUUGCUGCUGCUUCUGCUGCUGCUGCUGCUGUUACAAUGCCGCAUUGUUUAUACACGCCACUGCCCGACGCACUAAGUGGCUCGGGAGCGCAGGAUUCUGCCUACGUUUCAAGUGGACGGCCUGUUUGGUGUUGAGGGCACCGUCUGUCCAGAAAUUUUUUUUUUUUAACUUCAUUGUCAGCCAGUGAGCACCUGUGCUGUCUUCUGUUUCGGUUUUUAGUUUCAGGUAUCUUGGGAGCUGUUUGCUGGAGGCAGUCCCAUGUGCGUUACGGAUGUUACUAGAGUCUCUUUGGCAACUCGAAGGGUGGUCAGUGGGGAUAGGGGUAGAGGGUAGCACUACUGUGGUGACACUGCGGUGUACAGUUUGCUGGAUCUUGAAAUGUUGCAGUGUUCCGUCAGUGUUUUCAGGACUUCCCGCAGAAACGAGUCCGUGGUGGUGAGAGAGAGAUCGUGUGUUUGUUUAAUGUUUGGUUGUGCGAUUGCCACCGGCUGCCCGAAGUGCUGCAGACUGUUAGCAGCGAGAUGACGCUCGUGGCUGUUGACUUGGCUUUCUCCUGUUGCGCGUGCACGCCCAAACUUCUAGAACGCUUGAUGAAGUUCUGUGCAUGUCUUGUAUGAAAAUGUCUUGCAGCUGCCAUAAAGGAGUGUGUUUCAAUGCACGCACAGCAGGCGCAUCUGUGCCCCUGAAUCUUGCAGUGACUGCAGCCACGCGUGGAGGCCUGAGAGUCGGGAAACGAGUAUACGGUGUUGGACUGGGGAGGUUUGUUGAAGAGCUCGGUCGAAGAAAGUGAAGUCCCAGAUGGAGAAGAAAGCAGUGAAUCGAGGCUGUUGCACUCACUGCAAAUGAGAGAGAGGGAGAGAGUACAGAAAGAAAGGUUGAGGGACGUGAUCCAGUGAAAAAGCUGCCUGUCCAAUCCAAUCUUUAUUUUUUUUCCUGAACUUGGUUGGAAUGGGGCGCUACCAGUGUAUUGCCCAGUGUUAUUUUUGACAUCCAAUUUUAUUUCUUUAAUGUUUUUUGUUUGGUGACCUUCUUGCGGAACGGGUUUUCUUCUGCUGCGUGCAGAGGGUAGGCACUGUUUCUGGUUUCUGUUUUUUUUUGUCUCCAUACUGUGCCGUUUUUGGUAAUGCCUCUAGGUUCUAUAAUUACCGUGAUUGAACCCACAGUUCAAUACGCUGCUGUCUAUUCAGCUCAAGUCUUGAAAUGCGUGCCUCACUCUUUUCAAUGAAUUGAGGGGGCCCUCCUUUUUGGCCGUCUUUUAACCCGAAGCUCGCGAGGAAUUGUAAAUAUUAAUACCUGUUCCUUUUGCUUUCUUGUAGCCCUGGCAGAGAGGAUAUAAUAAAAGAUGUGCGCAGUUGUUUAUUUAUGUGCAUGCUUCUCGUGUCUUGCUUUCAUCCUCCCUGCUGGUUGUCCUCGGGAGAACUGUGUUUGUGCGAGCACUUCUACGAAUACACAUUUUAAAAUAUUUUACUUGGCUGCAGAGACUCUAGAAAGGUAGCAGGUCUAGCUGGUGAUUACCGCAGCGUGAAGUUGGUCGGUUUCUUCUUUUAAGUCUUUUUAUCUUUAUCCUGGUGCCAUCUUCACAGUGUGUUCGAUCGUAACAGAAGUGUGAGGGAUGCUUACCAUUACGUUUUCCUCUGAUACUGUCUUGUAGUAUAGUGAAUUUAUAAGGGCAAUGAUCCGCUUGUGAUUGCCCUUUAUUGCUGUUUUCCGUUCUUGAGAUGUGCUGGCAUUUGUUCCGAUACAUGCAGUGUUAAAAAUGAAAACUUCAUUAACUACUUUUGGCAGCCACUGGUCAUCAUGUGGGCACAACAAAAGUAGUUUUUUGUAGGUUUGCAGCAUUUUGGAAAAUUUGGGUUCGGGUUUACCAUCACUGAUUGGACGACAGAACAGCUUUGCUUGGAGAUGCUCUUUAGAAGUGAACUCGCAUGCACCGUUACGCACGCGGCUUCAACAUUCACUGCUCAUUCUGCCGGGCAAAUCUGUGUAUUGUGGCGUUGUUUGAAAGUGUUGGAGACGUUAACUGGCGGUUGCGUUUAGGGCUUUUGUGGCGUAGUGACUGCUCACGUGAGCUAAGAAGUCUCCCACAUAGUGGCAGGACUGGCUAAUGUUGCUUUUAGUGGGUACAGAGCAGUGCUUUAAAACAAGACGAGGAUGCCCUAAGCAGUUUAACACUCUAGCAGUUGUGCAGCGAACGUUGCUGCUCAUCAGAGAAGUGUGACGCUUAAGAAAAUUUUCAAAGCUGUAGGGAAGGCAGAAGUCAUUGCAAACUGCUUCCCCGAUGACAUUUUGCUGAGAAAUUGCCGCAAAAUGCGUAGGCAUAUCGUAAACUCUCGUUCGCACUGGACGCUGUCGUUGAGGUAUUGAGUGACGCGCAAAUUUGCAUAGUGGCACAGUCUCUUUGGGACCCUCUUCAUUUAGAGCCACUGAACUUCAGACGUGAUGGCUUUUGAAUUUUUGUUGAGACCGCAUUGCUGCACGCGGCAGACUGGUUAAAUUGGCCGCAGCAUAGGCGAGUGUUCAACCCUUCACAUUAGUGACCUAGUAGGAGUGUGCGUGUGUGCGUGCUGCCGAGUCCUAUGUGUAUGCUACAUGCGCCUACAGAUAUAUAUUUAUAGGGAUGCUCGUGAGCGAAGGCAUGUGGGUUUUGUAUAACUGUUUGUAAAGCCUCGGCAGUUCCGAAGUCUCGUCACGUUACAAUUUACAACAUUAUGGCCCUUGCCUUGUUCGAAGGACCUUAGCUUUGCCAGCAAAUAGACCAGGUUGUGCUGAUCCGAAUAACUACUCGUUAUGCUGCAACUUCUGUCAAAAUUUUUCAAACUGGUGUAGCUGCACUGUUCAUUCGAACAGACUGGCAAGUGUUGAUGCAUGCUUGGCAUCUGAAAAUGAAAACCGUAGUUCUUGUUCAGGCAAUUGCAGACGGUUAUACAAUGCCCAGUAUACAUAGAAAGUGCUGCUGCUAUUGUUGGCUUGUUUGGGAGCCACCGGACACCUUUAUAUAUAUAUAUUUUUAAAAUCCUUUCUCGUGGUGCCUUUGUUUUGCCAUUCAGAGGUUUUUUUAUUGCUUCACUCUUUCUUGUACAGUACUUAUUAUAUGUGUACAUGUGGCUAUGUUAGCAACUUUUUUUUUUUUUUUCCUCUGGUUUCCUCAUUAUUGCCACCUCUGUUGUGUGAGGUUUUGUGAUGCCCUCUUCGUAUUAUGUGCAAUUCGCCCUUUCUUCUACAAAGUGCGGCGGCAGGUGUCGUUCAUUAGUUUUUCUGGUGCACUGCCUGCCUUUCCCGUCUCCUACCAUUGAAUGCCGCUGCUGUACCGCUGGAUGUAGGAAAGCCGAAUAAAAAAGAUAUUAAGAUACACCAA